AUGAAAGGCUCACAUUCCUCAGAGCCACUAGAGGGCACCGUCGUCGACCUCUUCGACGAAUGGGCCGAGAAAUACCCGGAGAGAGUCGCAGCGGAAUGGCAAGGCGAAUCCCUCACCUAUGGGGCUCUCCGCAAUGCCUCUCUCCAUGUUAGUCGCGCCUUAUUAUUGGCCGGCGUACAGCCACGCGCCCGAGUGCCGCUGUUGACCCAAAUGUCGCUGGAGAUGCUUCCGGCAGUGAUCGGGAUCUUGAGGGUAGGGGCCUGCUAUGCACCGAUGGAUGUGGCCGCCUGGAGUCGUGUUCGGAUCGAGGCCGCACUCUCCGAGCUGGCCUCCUCGGUAGCGGUCAUCACUAGCACCUGUCCCGGCCUCCAAUUACCUGUCAUCACGGUGAAUUUCCAGAGGGAAUGGCUUGUCUCGUCACCAUCGGACAAGGACGGCCUACGAGUGGAGCUGGAGGCACGCCGAAGCGGAAUGCGGGCCGGGGACCUUGCGUGGAUUAUCUUCACCUCGGGCACAACGGGCAAGCCGAAAGGAGUGAUGGUGUAUCACAGGGGUAUAUACGCAGUCUGUACCGUGCAGCACAGCAAGGAGCUCGAAGACGCCGCGGAGCAAGGAGGUCGGUGCCUGCUUGCGUUCUCCAUCGCCUUCGAUGGCUGCGCUGCAGUUGUCUGGACGACUUUGUCCAAGGGUGCCACGCUGGUGAUGGCCUCGCCAUCAGACUUCCCAGAGGUAGCGACGACUUGCCAAUCCUUAAACCUGACACCGUCUAUGCUUGCUGCGUUGGAUCCGUCGGGCUCUUACAAUCGCGUUCGCUAUAUAUUCCUGGGUGCUGAAGCGCCAAAGCUGGAGGUUGUGCGACGGUGGAUUACGAAAAGCAGAAAAGUGUUCACCACAUACGGUCCGUCAGAAACGACCUGUGUGAUCAGUUUCGGGGAACUGCAUCCAGACCAGGAGGUGCCUUUUGGCGAACUUAUCCCCGGGGUGAAGGUUGUCUUGGUCGAUGAGGAGAUGAAGGAGUCCAACUAUGGCGAGGUCCUGAUCUCAGGGCCCGGUUUGGCUGCUGGAUAUCUCAACAAUCCUACACUAACAGCGAAAAAGUUCAUCGAAUGGAACGGCGAGCACUUCUACAGGACAGGGGAUCUCGCACGCAGGACCGAAGAUGGACAGCUGGUAUGGGCAGGUCGUGCAGAUUCGCUCGUCAAAAAUCGUGGUUUCUUAAUCAAUCUGGAGACUGAAGUUGAACCGGCGAUGCAGGCUUAUCCUCAGGUCAACUUAGCCGUGGCUUUCCAGUGGCAUGAUAGGCUUGUGGGCUGUGUGCAACCGUCCACAGUUGAUGUCGAAGAACUACGCAAAUUUAUGCAGAGUCGUGCAGAUCCGUUUGUCAUCCCUGAUAUGAUCUUCGCCAUGGACAGUUUCCCUCUCAGUGUUAAUAGUAAGACGGAUCGCUUAGCGCUCCAGGCCCAAUUGGACGAGAAGCUGGGCCAAGAUGAUGCUCCCGACGAAGGCGCUUGUCUUCUCAAGACAGACAGUCUCACGACUUAUGACGCGUUACGUUUGGCCUUUUCCCGGUGUCUGCAGAAUCGAUUCAGGAAUACAGACCGGAGCUCGUCUUUCACGCGACUGGGAGGAAACUCGUUGGCAGCCAUUCAAGUUUCAAACUUUCUAAAGCAGCGAGGGUACUCAAUUCCUGCCGCGCAAGUCCUCAAACUAGACACGAUCGAACGGCUGGAAGACCGCCUGAGAAGCCAGUCUAACGCCGAAGUUGCGGAGGGAGGAUUCAGGAGCUUGCAGGCUACAGCGACACCUGUGCAGAGGCUCUUCCUCACCCGGUCUUUAGAGACACCACAUACCUUCGCUAUCAUUGGCCUGACCAAGUACAUCGGGGACCCCUCCCAAACUCCUACCGCCAGUGACCUUCGUGGGGCUAUGGAAAAGACGCUCUCAGCACACAGCAUCUUCUGCACGCGGUUUGAUCUAACGGACUUCACCCUCUCCGACCUUGGCCGACUCAAUCUCACCUGGGACGAGGUCAGCGUGUCUGAAGACGAGUUCGAGCAAGCCUGUGAGGCAGCUGAAGAAGAAUCAUGGCAGGCUGUGAGCAGGACCACGCUCGCCGACAACGAAGUCCCUUACUGCGCGGUGACCUGCAUCUCUGUGCCCGGCCGCAGAGCACUCGCCUUUGUAACGCGGAUCCAUCACGUCCUCACUGAUGUGUUCUCCUCUGCCAUCCUGUCGCAGGACCUGGAAACCGCCCUAGCAGGUGGCGAAGUAGCACCAGGCCCCCGGUUCAAGGACUUCGCGCGGUUCAUGCACAGCUACACACAAGCCAACAUCGAGCGGGCAACGCAAUGUUUCACCAAGAUGCUAGAGCCCCUACCUGCCUCAUCCGUCCUGCAACUCCCGGCCCCGAAAGAACCUCCCCCACCGGAAGGCCUCAAUCUCAUCCGUCUCCAGUCAUCCCCUUCCAUCACCCGGGCCGCCCUCGACGCCUCAUCUCGCCGUCUCUCUGUGACCCCCAGCACAAUGAUCUACGCUGCAUGGGCGCUCUUUCUCCAUAGAAUCACCUCGUGGGCCCGCGUCGGCUUCUCCGUCAGUCUCUCGGGCCGCACAGUCCCGUGGCCAUCGGCCCCCUCCGUUGUCGGACCGCUUCUCUGUCGCUCUUUAUUCAGCACCAGCAUUGGCAAGGACGCAACCGUGCACGACUGGCUCUCGGCCGUGCACAAGACCACUCUCGAUAUUAUUGAGUUUGAUGGGCUCACGCAUUCGCUGCCUCCAUCUCUGAUGGCCGACCCCCGCACGAACACAUCCAACGUGCUCUGCUUCCUGGACGUUCCCGAGCCGUCGCGGAAUUGGAGCCACAAGGACCGCCAGAAGCAUUAUUAUACGCUAUCGUGGUACAUCACCCAGCGGGGUCAGCAUGUGGCGACGGAGUUUGAGGUUCAGUUGGAGAAGGUGGAUUUAUACUGGGCGAAGGCCGUGGCUGGUCUGCCCGGGGAGAUCUUGUCAGGACUUAUCAACGCGACGGAUUCUACAAGUGUCGCGGAGUUAAUUGCCGCUAAGUAG